AUGACAAGAGGGCUGAAGCAUAAGCUCAAGCUGUCCCUUGAAGAUGAAUGUGUCAGCAUGGGAUCUGUUUUCAUCUCCAAGGAACCAGGUCAUUUGGAUUUGUCUGCUCCAGUUGAUAUUUCCAAUGUUUAUUGUUUGAUUCGAGCAAACCGAAAGAUUGAAUGA